CGAGUGAAAAGCCCCGAGACCGCAUGGUUCCGUCCCGCGGUGCAAACUUCGGGCUGGUCCAAAGUCGGCGGCUCAGCCCGGUAUGAUCGUUUCCAACCUGAGCUGUGCGCACUGUCCCGGGGGAGGAGCCGGCGGCACGGCGGCGACGGAUGCGUACGAAGAGGUGUCCGGUGCUCUCCCUCCCCCGUCCCUGAGCCCGACGGGGCACCUGGUGGUGGCGGUGUGCCUCGGCUUCAUCGGCACCUUCGGGUUCCUCAGUAACUUCCUGGUGCUCACGCUGUUCUGCCGGUACCGGGCUCUGCGCACGCCCAUGAACCUCCUGCUGGUGAGCAUCUCUGGGAGCGACCUGCUGGUCAGCGUGCUGGGCACCCCGUUCAGCUUCGCGGCCAGCACCCAGGGGCGGUGGCUGAUCGGACGCGCUGGGUGCGUGUGGUACGGGUUCGUUAACGCAUGUUUGGCUUGCCAGAAGACAACGUGCAUGCCUCGCCUGCAGCAAAACUAA